AUGAUUUGGCCAUUUCCCCCCCUCUCCCUCUCCCUCUCUCUCUCUCUCUCUCUUCGUCAUUUAUGCAAGAAAAAGGCCUAUAUAUAUGCACACUUCUGCAAGCCUCUGUCCAUAGACUCAAAGCUACAUAGCAACAACAACAGAUCAGCAGCCCAUAUCCCCCCACUUCCCAACCUCCCUUUCCCCUCCAUCUGUUGUUUUUUUCUGGGGAGGUGUGGGGCGUGCGGAUUUACCCCUCUUUCCUUUCUUCUUACAAACACACCUCUUCAUUUAUCUUCCCUCCAUUCCCAUUCUCCCUCUCACCUUUUGCAAAAAAUUUCAUCAAUGGCGGUUCUCUUGGUGGCGGUUCUGGUUCUUCUGGUGCUCGUCCUCUGUUUAUCCUCUGCUUUACUGUUGAGGUGGAAUGAGGUCAGGUUCAGCAAGAAGAAGGGCUUGCCCCCUGGCACCAUGGGAUGGCCCAUUUUUGGAGAAACCACGGAGUUCCUCAAACAAGGCCCUAACUUCAUGAAGAACCAACGAGCAAGGUAUGGGAGUUUUUUCAAGUCCCACAUACUCGGCUGCCCGACAGUGGUAUCAAUGGAUCCAGAUGUGAACAGGUACAUACUGAUGAAUGAAGGGAAAGGGUUGGUUCCAGGCUACCCACAGUCGAUGCUCGACAUCUUGGGGAAAUGCAACAUUGCAGCGGUUCAUGGCUCCACCCACAAGUACAUGAGAGGCGCUCUACUUUCCCUAAUAAGUCCCACCAGGAUCAGGCACCACUUGCUGCCGACAAUUGACCAUUUCAUAAGAACCCAUCUCUCCAAUUGGGAUUCACAAAUCAUUGACAUUCAGCUGAAAACCAAGGAGAUGGCGUUGCUCUCCUCACUUAAGCAGAUAGCUGGGCCCGAAUCUGGCUCGAUCUCGGGGGCAUUCAUGCCCGAGUUUUUCAAGCUUGUUUUGGGCACGUUGUCGCUCCCUAUCGACCUUCCUGGAACCAGCUAUCGACGAGGGUUCCAGGCUAGGAAGAGCAUAGUGAGCAUUCUAAGGCAGCUGAUAGUGAAGAGGAGGGAAUCCAAUGGAUCCCAUUUGGACAUGCUGGGUUACUUGAUGAACACUGAAGAGAGCAAUAGGUACAAGUUGAGUGACGACGAGAUUAUCGAUCAGGUUAUCACGAUCUUGUACUCGGGGUAUGAAACUGUCUCGACUACUUCGAUGAUGGCUAUCAAGUAUCUCCAUGAUCAUCCUAAAGUUCUUCAGCACCUUCGAGAAGAGCAUCUAGCAAUUAGAGCUAGGAAGAAGCUUGAGGAUCCACUUGACAUGGAUGACCUUAAGUCGAUGCGUUUUACCCGGGCGGUGAUAUAUGAGACAUCAAGGUUGGCUACCAUAGUUAAUGGGGUAUUAAGGAAGACAACUCAAGAAAUGGAAAUAAAUGGUGAGCUACUACUAUUCAAGUGUAAUGUCAACUCUAGAUUCUAUUUGCUUUUUUGGUGUAUGGAGGGGCUCAAGAAGGGAGAAGGGGGCUGAUUUUGGAGAUAAAGUUAAACAGCUAAUUAUACAACUGUGCUAAAGAGAAAGAGGCCGAAAAAGAAAGAACCAAAAAGAUAACUGCUCAUGGGAGAAAUCAAGAUCAACAUCUCUUUUUCCAUGGUGGACCUUAGUUGCCCUAUUAUGAUUUGAAUAGCACACCUACUUAUCCAGCUAGGACAUUCCAUUGGUGCCCCCCUCGCCUCACAAACUAUUGGUUAAAAUUACUCGGAAAAGGGGGCAUCUUAAAACAAGUGAAAGAAUCUCAAGUUUAAGAUGAUUAGAUCAUUCUUCACUCCCUUUUGUCCCCCUCCUUUUUCCUUUCUCUUGUGCAUUAUUGGCCUUUUUGCUUGUAACUCAGAGAAACUACAAGCCAUUCAGUAGUGGGUCAUAACUUGGUUAAUAGUGGGAGUGGGGAAGGCCUACUCUCUUCUUCGCAUUAUUGAAUUGCCAACUCUCUUCUUCUCUACAUGUUACUGGUUUCUCAUCUCUUUUAUAUGUUACCUUUGCUCCAUCAGGAUUUGUGAUCCCAAAAGGUUGGAGAAUAUAUGUCUACACAAGAGAGAUGAACUAUGAUCCAUGCCUAUAUCCUGACCCAUUUUCCUUCAACCCAUCGAGAUGGCUGGAUAAGAGUUUGGAAUCUCAGAACUAUCUCUUCAUAUUUGGAGGGGGUACAAGGCAGUGCCCUGGGAAGGAACUUGGCAUAGCAGAAAUCUCAACAUUUCUACACUACUUUGUGACUAGAUACAGGUAAUAGGAAAAGUGAAGACCCAUAUCCUAUCAUAGCCUCCUUUGAAUAUAUAUUCCUCUCCAAAAGAAGCCCUCUUUUGCUUACUUGAGGGUUUUCCAAACUUUUUGCAGGUGGGAAGAAGUUGGAGGGGACACACUAAUGAAGUUUCCAAGAGUUGAAGCCCCAAAUGGGCUGCAUGUUAGGGUUUCUCAUCUAAACUAAUCAAAACCUAACCCUUUCCACGUGUAUAUAAGAGAUGAGAGAGAGCUAAUAUAGCAGAGAAAGAAGGAGAAGGAAGGAGGUUGUACAUUAUCAUGUCCUAACCAAGUUAGAAAGUAGAAUGGAAAUGCAGAAUUUCCAUUUUUUUGGAUCUACAAAAUUGGAACUGAUGGAAACUUGUUCUUGGCCCUACAUUAUUUUUUUCCAAUCUCAAUGUUGCCUUCGAAUUACCUUGGCUAUGUUUGGUUAAUUGAGAGCGACCAAUGAGUGAGUAACCUGAUGAGUGAUUGUUUUCUUGAAUCAACCAUGAUCAAACAUUUAACCCCGUCCAUGGAAAUCGAACUUAGUGAACAAUUGUU